ACCGGACGAAGACGAAGAAGACGAAGAAGAAGCGGUGUCGGCAGUCGGGGAAGCAGAACCUGGCAGAAACAUACGAACCUUCAUCGCGAUCGCAUCGUCGUCGCGUAUCCUACCCCCUCGUACGCGCGCACGAAAAUACGACACGUCCGUUGAGAGAGCUCAAGUGCGAGAACCUGACUCCUCGACAAACUAGUCAAGCAUCCGAAAAAAAACUUCGAGAGUAGACCAGGCAAGCCGAACAGCUACAACUAUGGUUUACGAGAGCGACUUCUAUACGACUCGGCGACCCUACUCGCGGCCGCUCGUCUCUUCCUACAGCGUUACGGAUCGACCCAUCAUCAUACCGCUAUCCAGCAUCAUUCAGUGGAGGAGCGUUCCUUACAUGCCAUACGUGGCACACAAGAGGCUCGUCACCAUAAUCCAUUCACCGGUCCAUCAUGUGUAUUAUUCCGGCGCGAUGGUACCGAUAAGGGUGCGGGCGCGCGUGCGACCUAGCAUCCUCGCAGCCGAGCUCAACAGGAUACGUGACCUACCAAGAUCGUCUACCAAAUCCUACAUCGAAGAGUACCUAAACUCUCGAGACAGCAUAUUUUUUGAUGAUGAGGCGAGGGAGAUUCGCGCGAAAGUGGAUUCCCUUCUUCGACGGGUACAUGUGUUUGUGCCAAGGGCGACGGCAAGCGACUUUGCCGAAGAGAUCAUCCCAGAACGUAUGCGCAGCCACGAUUAUGUUCGCCGGUUGCUCAGCGGCCGCAACAACGCAAAGAAGCAGGUAGAACACCUGAACUGGUACGAGAUACCUGACCGGGGCGCCUUCGGCACCACGGCGUGCAUCAAAUAUGUCGCUGGCAAGCCACAAUCUAUCAGGAAGCCGUACGUCAAGAUCGCGGACCUACGACCGUUCGACGUGCGUAACGACGUCAACUUCCUCAGCUACUAUAGCAAGAAUCGUCAGGCGGCCGCGACUGCCUGCCCCCGUCAACCAAUGACAGAACGAGAGAUGCGAAAGGCACGCGCAUUAGGCAUCGAACCGGUGGCCCAAGAACAGAAAAUAACUCCCGUUCCGGAAUCGGAAGCAAAAUCGGAGAAGAAAUCAAAAAAGCAAUCGGAGCCGGAGAAGGAACCAGAACCGACACGUGAACCAGAAUUAGAGCCGAUAAAAGCAGCCGAACCCGUAUCGGAACUCGCAAAAGAACCGGAAUCGGUGGCAGAACCGCAAACGGAACCCGAACAGACGUCUGUGAAACCAGUGAAAAGUUCGAAAUCUGCAAAACCGACAAAAUCCGCGAAAGCGGCCGAGCCUAAACCAGAACCUACGCCGGAAGUUAAACCCAUUGAGAAAGUAGAACCAGUAAAAGAACCAGAACCCGAGCCAGUACAGGAAUCGGCAAAAGAACCAGAGUCUGAGCCUGUACAGGAAUCAGUAAAAGAACCGGAACCCGAAAUUCUAGCAGAAUCGGAAGCGCCGGCGGAACCAAUCACGGAAAAUGCGCCGAUCGAAAGUGCGGAGGCUGUAAGUGACGAAGCGAAAGAGAAAAAGCUCGAACAAGUAAAAAAAGAGAAAGAAGAUGCCAUAAGAAGAGCUGAGGAGUACCUUGCUAAAGUAGCUCGAGAAGCGCAGUCGGAAGAGGAGAGACGGAAAGCUGCAGAGGAGGAACGCCUGCAGCUCGAAAUGGAAGAGAGAAAAGCGUGGGAGGCACUGCAACUUGCACAAGAACGGAAGGCCGAGCUUGGCGAGAUACUGGAGACCGAACGACAGGAAGUCGAAAGGAAGGCGGAAGAGGCGAAGCUACAAGCGGAACGCGAAGAAACAGAGAGAAUAGAAGAGGGGGAGAGAUUAAUCAACCAGGAGAAGCUCGAAGCACUCAUACAAGAGCAAGAACGGCUGAUAGUCGAGGAACAUCUCGAAGAAAUUCAAAAGCAGAAACAGGAGCAGGAAGAGGCGGAUACCGCGCAACUUCCAGCUAGCGAGCUUAACGAUGUCAGCGGCGCCGAAGAUCCAGUGGAUCCUGGCGAGAUAACUAAUCAGGAAAAAGAGGAAAAGCCCUGCGAUGUUAUCACAGAUGACGAAACAAGAAUUGAGGAAGAGAAUGUUCCCGAAGAAGAGGAACACUUGGAGGAAAGACCGUUCAUCGAGGAGCCAGAAGGGGCUGAAAGCAAGUCGCAAACGGGGCCGAUGGCAGUCGAAGAUGAACCGCAGAUUGAGGAGGUCACUUCUGGCGAGGAAUUCGAAUGGGGUGAUCAGGAUGCGUAAUUGGAGUCCGCUCGAUUCGGACUUGCAACGUCGAUGGACCACGUUCCUUUAUCGUCAUUAUUAAAUGCUAAGAUUUAAAGCACCUUUCUCUGUCAUUUCCGCAAACAUUAUUUAAGCCGUCAUCAUCGUAGAUAUCCGAUAUCGGUGACGGUAAUGAAGAAACCUUAAUUAAAUUUUUUUAUAAUAUCUAAUCUGAUCUCUUUUAUUUUUAUUUUUUCAUUAAAUACAUAUUUCACGUUCCAUUAAUACACAUUUCGUUGUGAAUUUUAUUUCGCUAUUUUAUUGCGUUACGUUAAUCGUAUUAAGGUAUAAUUCGCGUAGAUCGAUAUGAGAGUCUAAAACUAUAGAAAUUCCGACGAUUAUUUUCAACUAAUUUCAGAAGGAUUGGAGACUCGUUUGUGGUCUCGUGUCAUCUGCGCGAAUUUAUUUCAUUACUGACCAUAUACCUUUCAUAUUAUCUCAUAUCGGAGAGCGGCAAACCGUAGAUCGAGUCUGACAUGAGUCUGAUCGAUUUCCGUUGGUCUGCCGGUAGUGGGGUGAUGAUGAUUCGUUUAUAGUCUCGGAUAAUAUUUGGGUAGAAAUAUCGCGACGAAUUUUAGCCGUUCAUUCGAGCAGUCGAGCUAGCUUCGUCGUUUAUUUUUACAGUAACAGCUUCCAGCUUCAACCAUGAAAUUGAUUUGACUGCGAUUGUCCGAGCAAUCGAUUCGGAAGAACGAGGAUUCCGGAAAUAAUCGAGCGCGCGCGAGCACGUUGAUAGAUAAUUAACGUCCAUCUCGUGACUCCCCGUUGCUCAGAAAUGGCAGCCCUCACUUUAUCCCUAGUGUAUUAUAUUUAUUAUAAAAAAUAAUAUUUAUUAUAAAAGAGAGUGUGUGGUAAUAAUGUAAGUAAUUAAUAUGGAGUUCGCCCUGAUUUAACACACAUAAAGCUGGUGAGAAGUCUUAUCUUUUUCGCUAGAAGCGUUGUGAAAAAAAAAUUGUGCGAAACACAGAAUGUGUGUAAUGUGUGAAACCAAUUCUUUAAUUAACAAAAUCCGGCAUAAAUUUGACGGCAUAAACUUUUUAUUAUAAAAUUUCCAUAUGCCAUUGACACAAUAAAACAAAACUGAUGAUAUAGAUUUUUUCGAUACAAAAAAAACAUAAAAUAUACUCUUAUUAUCCUUUUAUUCCAGAAAAUUUCUUGCUGUUUUCUGCUAUAAGAGACUCGAAUUUAAAAUUAUACAUAAAUAAAAUUGCAUAAUAUACUAGAAAUAAUCGACAUCGUUGUGUGCUAUGUAUAAAAAAAAAAAAAUAAAAAAGUAAAUAAGAACUUAAUAAGUAACGGUUUUAUCAAUAUUUAAUUUAUUGCUAUAUUUAAUGCGCACACUAGUAAUUGGAUGCAACACGCAAUGUAUAUUCACGCAAUGCCUAUUUUCUUUAUGAUUAAAAACAAUAAAGAUUGUAAAUGUUAA